UCGCGGCGGAUAUGGCUUCUAGAUCUGCGUUGCCCGUGGCGGGCGUGGAAGGUGUAGAUUUGGAAUGUGAGGAAUUCUUUUGGCGCUUGGGUGAUGGUGUGGGCGUCUUUAGGGUAUCGUAAGAUUGUUGUUGUUGGAGCUGUGAAGUGGAGGGUGUUGAGGGGGUAUGUGUGUUUGUAUUUUGUGGAUGUAGAGGAGGCUGCGGCUGCGGCGGCGCGUUGCAUGAACUGGAUGGGGUUAGUUUUGAGGUAUUUUUUGGAGGAGAUAUGUAUGGAAAUUAUACCUUUCAUGGUCAGCAGCCGCGAGGACAUUGUCUUUGGGGAUUUUGGGGUCGGCAUGGUUGUGGAUGAACAGUAUUUGCACUACCCGUCAAUGUUGAUGGCGGUUGGAUGCGAAGGGAAAAGAACUAUUGCUGUGGAGAAGGAUAAUUCCUGUUGCUCUGUAAGAUUAGGCGACCAUGCUCUCUCCAAUUAUUAAUGUAUAGGAAUGCAUGCGCAGUUGUAAAAGGAAAUAUACACCAGCAGAUGAAGCCGUCGUUGUGUCUUCGAAAAGCCCUGAUGUCAACUUUUUCGGUUGGAUGAGGUUGUCCGGGCAAGGAACGCAGCCGAUUGGCUCUAACCACAUCAAACCGGCCAACUUCAACUCUUAAAUACCACCAAUCAAUCAAUCAAUAUGUUUUAAAUACUAACCACCACGCAUACCAACACAUCCUCACCCACCCGCAACAACGGGCUAAACAACAUCAUCCACAAUGCUCGCCUCCACAAGGUCCCGUCUCUGCCUGGCCGCCGCCGCCGCCGCCCGCCCAUCCCCUUCCCGCCUCCUCCCCCGCGCCUACACAACCACGGCACCACGCCUGUCCGAACCCUCAGAGAACGCCAUCCCGGCCAACGACCCCAACCCGCGCAAGAAGGUCAGCCCCGUCUCCGCGAGCAAUGCCGUGCCGACAGAUGCCAUGGGCUCCCGGGACCUGCCCCUCCAAGAAUCGGUUGAGGAAGCACAGCGCCAGCUAGCUAAGCAGGCGCCCAACCGGACCGCUAUCUGGGCGAAGAGCCAGCAGCCGCGGGAAAAGGCCAUGACUGGGCCACGGUUCGAGCAGACUAUUAUGGAGUAUCAGCCCCGACCGUACGCAGCUAUCGAAUUGAUCCACAAGCAGCCCGUGCGAUGGACAAAGGAGAAGGUCGUCUCCUGCGACGGUGGCGGAGGACCCCUCGGCCAUCCCCGAGUCUUCAUCAACACAGAUAAACCCCAGAUUUGCGUGUGCGAAUACUGCGGUCUUCCAUUUGCAAACGAGAACAGCCGGAAAACGCUGGAGGCGCAGGAACACACGUCGUAUCCGUUGGAGCCGCUUGGACACCCAGCGGAAGUCAAUGAGUCGCAACGAAUCACGCCAGAAGGUUUCGAGCAGCGAUAGAAUAGGAGCGGAACUACCAUAACACCAGCAAAUAAAAAACACAAUAUAAUAGAUCCCAUUUUCUUCUUGUUUCAUUCCGUCUUUCGACUCCUUUCAUUGCAGCUCAAAUAACAAACAAAGCGCAACACCAUUUUCCAAUGCUAAUUUUCGCCAAUUCUUGUGGCGUACACUGUUCCUUUACUGUUUCCUAGCCCGUUCUGCGUGUACAUAUAGUUUGUGGGCCUGUUGGGCCGAGAGUAGCGAAUGGCAUAAAUGGAAUCCAAACCCGCUCUAUCAAAAGUUGUGGUACCCAUCUGGUAAAUCGUUUAGGCGAUGGAGCCAUCUCCCUUCUCUCCGUGUGACGUAUUUCAGCCACUUCAUACUGGGAGUAGCAGGUCGACUUAGGCAUAUUAAAUGUGCAAAGCGAUUGAAUCUAUGACUCCUUGCAUACAACUCACUGAUUCUCUCCCAUUGAGCACAACAGCUCGUUGUAGACGCAGGUGUAUAUCUAUCUACACAGUGUACCUCCGGUUCCAAAGGGUCCAACAACUCCAGAUUAAAUACCCAGAUAAAAUAAUAAUGAAAGUCCAGUCAGUGCAGAAGCACAAAAACACACAUAGCUAGUGGGAAAGAAUAUUAAAAACUACAUCUUCUCCCCCUGGAUAGUCGCCACGACCUUGCGUGAGUGCUUACUGGCGCGGAAUUCCAGAUACCAGAUGCCCUGCCAGGUGC